UGUUAGUAGUGUUUGUGAGUGAAGUGUCGGGUGUUUGGGGUUUGCGGUGACAAUGGGUAACAUUCAUACUGUGGGCCCCAACGAGUCUCUGGUGGUGUCGGGGGGCUGUUGCGGGUCGACCAAGAAGUUGUUGGUGGUGGGUGGCUGGUCGUGGGCAUGGUGGCUCGUCACCGACGUGCAGCGACUGUCCCUCCAAGUGAUGACAUUAUCACCUCGUUGUGAGAGCGUCGAGACGAGCCAAGGGGUGCCCCUCACUGUCACGGGUGUCGCCCAAUGCAAGGUCAUGACGGAGAAGGAGUUCCUCACUAUCGCUGCCGAACAGUUUCUCGGCAAAAGUGUUGACCACAUCAAGUCUGUCAUCCUUCAGACACUUGAGGGUCAUUUGCGGGCAAUUUUGGGCACUUUGACAGUGGAGGAGGUGUAUAGAGAUAGGGAUCAGUUCGCAUCACUGGUGCGAGAAGUGGCGACACCCGAUGUGGGGCGGAUGGGUAUAGAGAUCCUGUCGUUCACCAUUAAGGACGUGUACGACAACGUGGAGUACUUGGCGUCUCUGGGAAAGGCGCGAACGGCUGCUGUGAAGCGCGACGCGAACGUAGGCGUGGCUCAGGCCGAACGCGACGCCGGUAUACGUGAGGCCGAGUGCGAGAAGUCGGCAAUGGAUGUGAAGUACGGCGCGAACACAAAGAUCGAGGACUCGCACCGACUCUUUUUGCUACAAAAGGCACAGUUUGACAGCGAAGUGAACUCGAAGAAGGCUGAGGCACAGCUCUCUUAUGAAUUACAGGCCGCGAAAAUG